GGAAGAGGAUUUUUGUGUGUUAAAAAUGAAGGUGCUUCAUUCAGUUGUUUUUGUGCUUUUGUGCUUCCUGGUUGGCUUCUUAUGGGCUGAACCCGAUCCAGAUUGCUUCAGGAAUCGCCCGAAAAUUACCCCAAUGGAAUGCUGCCCCCUUCCGGAUUUAAUCGAUCAAGACAUCAUGCAACAGUGUCGAGAUGAAUUCAAUGCAAAUAGCAAUGAGGCUGAGCUUGAUUCACCACCCCCACCUCCACCACCAGGUAAUCCCGAUGGGGGCCACAGGAGGCCUCACAGAGAUCAUCGUGGUCAUCACAAGUGCUGGAGUUGCUUCACGUGUGCCGGGGAGUGUGCCUUCAAUGCCACGGGGCUCAUGAAGGACGGCGAAUUGGAUGCUGAGAAGACUCUUGAGCACUUUGUCCAGGUUAUCACGGAAUCUGAUGCCAAAUGGCCACGGGAGACCGUCGAGGAUGCCUUCAGUGCGUGCAAUGAUAAGGUCAAAGUUAUGAGAGAAAAGUUCGCCAAGAGAGGCGGUAGAGUACCACCACCCCCAAGCAGUGAUGAGGGCCCCGUGUGCAGCCCCAUCCCUCAGCAUCUCAUUCGCUGUAUGCAUGGGCAACUCUACAGGGCCUGUCCCACUGACGUCCGCACCCCAAGCGAUGAAUGUACUGAGCUGCAGGAUUACCUAAAUCGCUGCCAUGGUCCUCUUGAGUGGAAGAAGGGUCAGAAGCCCACUUCCGCACCAGCUGAGUAGACGAGACACAAACCCAAGUUGCGAGAAAUGGCGGGAAUUCCCGCAGACCUGUUGAUCGUCCCCCAGCACACAGCGAAUGUUUCUCUCAUUAAAAUUUAUGGCUUUUCUUCGACCUGCAAAAUUAUUGCUUCAACCCUCCACGUUUUUUUAAUCAGAACCUAUCGGCAACCCCCUCAAACCUACCAAGAGAGCAAUUAAGUUCCCACAAUGUGACACCAUUUAGUCAGCAAGAAAUCCAGGAAAAUGCAUUUUCACUUUAAAUUGGAAUUUAUAUUGAAUUAAAUAAAAUUUUAAUUGAAUCAUAAAA